AUGGUGGAGGAUAUCAUCAUGUUUCAGGUGGUUCAUCGAGUCAGUGGAGCACUUCAAAGAUUCCGGGAGGGGAUGAAGACCCUUGGUGUUCUUGAUGCAAUAAGAAUGCACCCAGAUGCUUUCAGACUGCUGUUUUGUCACGAGCCAUCCACACUCACAGCUGCAUUUUGGAGGGACUACCUGCUGGAUGUUGAGGAGCAAGAGGGACCCUUACAACUUGGGGGUAUCCUGGCCUUUGCGACGGGAGCAAAUUCAAUUCCACCCCUGGGCUUCUCCCCACGACCUUCAGUAGAUUUUCUCCAUGAGCUGCCCCUCAGACAAGGCCGUCAUUUACCCACCGUAAACACAUGCAUUAACUGCCUGCGGUUGCCAGUCCUGAAAAAAUUCGAGGAUUUCAACGAAACUAUGGAUUUUGCAUUUGGUCAGGAAUGA